AUGGUAAUGGAAGAUAACUAAGGAGUUACAUGAUGACCGGGACGUGUAUUAAGGAAGAAGAGUUUAAUCUAAUAAAAAUAAUAAAGCAAGUGGGGGAGGGAGUAAUAAACAAAUCUUAACCCUUUAAAAAGCAAGAAACCCCAAUUUUUUUCCUUAGGAACAGUAAAAUCUCUUAAGAACAGUUCCCUUCCUCCCUUUACUGGAAACCCUUCUCCCCUUUUAUUUCGACCGGUCAACACCCUCCUACCACACAUGUCCACCUUUUUCUCCAUCUUCGUCUUCUUCCUGGAGCUUCAUCCAUCAUCUCUGUCUCCUGCUCCUGAGUUCUUUCUGUCUUCCUCAAGAUUACUCUCUUUCAUGAUCUACAACUGUAUCCUCCUUCUGCUACCUCUCCUCUCCAAUGGCAUCGGCGCCUCUGGUCCUCUCCUCUCCUCUUCCAUGGUGUUGAAAUCAGGAAUGAAAUUAGAAAUACCACAAAGGAGUGGGCAGGGGAGGUAUUAUUUUAGCAGCAUAAAAUCACAGGCAUAUCUGAUGUUCGUUCUGCCGCCAAUCAGGGUUGCGGGGCGUCACUCCGGCGUCAUCUGGGUAGAAGUGACGAGGAGAGAAUUGUUACCUAAGAAUGACAGAUGCCUGUCUUCUUUGGUGCAGUAUGGUCGUAUUUUGGAAGUUGAAUUAAAAGUUCCACCUCGACCUCCUUGUUUUUAACUGUAUUCAUACGUUAGAGUUACUCCUGAAGGAGUUGAAGCCCCCCGGAGUUUGGUGGAUGCACCGAUGCAGAACUGCAACAAAAGCUCAAAGUUAUGUCGUCCGAGUAUCAGCCCUCCAGUCCAACAAAUCAUGAUCCUAAGUGGAGAUAUAUAUAUGUGGAGGAUCGGUCCUCCCAUCUAAUACUAGCUUUAAGGAAUUGAAUAUCGAGCCUGUUAUUCCUCAGGGAUUCCCAUAACGGAAAGAUACCAUGGAUUAAUGGGGUCUCAAAAUGAUAUCAGCUAUCCAGGUUGUGGCAGAGAUGGUGGCUAUUGGAUUUGGCAUCCUAUGGAUGCUUUCACUUCUCUCAUGAGCCAGAAUGAUCAUAAGGCAUUCGAGGCUAUCGAGAAAAUGCUUUGCACUAAGCACGUGCUUAUCGAAAUGGGAGCAACAACAGCUUUGGCUCGGAACAACGCUCUGCAGUGGUCCCUCAAGCAAGUCGUUCCAGAGGAGUCCAUAACUGAUGCGGUAGCUCUAGAUGUUACAAGUGUUACUGCUGAGGAGGCCACUAAUACUACUAUUCUGGAGGAGGCUCCUACUGUUGUUGUGGAUGUUACAAGUGAUACUGCCCUUGAAGCCACAAACACUACUACUCUGGAGGCCAACACUCCUGCUAAGUGACUGCCAUCUGGAUGUGGUGACCUACCCUAUUUUGCUAAGCACCGCUUGCUAUAUGUAUAAAACACUUUGAUGAUCUUUUGGAUGUUAAUCACUACUCUAGGUGUAAUAUUAAUUUCAAUGCUAUGUAGCAUUUCCGUAGGUUUAAUGUGAACGUAUGAGCUUGGAGCUUUUGCAAGGAACACGAAGACAUCUACGCUUCAUGUCCCUAGCGAACACUCCGUCAUUGCUCCUUUUGUGAAACAGGAGACAUUUCAAUUACCGCACUUCUAAUGUAUAAUAUAUUGUCAGGGAGUAUUUGCAUCUAUUAGUGCCCUGUUUCCUCGUUUAA